AUGUGUUUCACUAAUCACAGAGCAAAAAUGUCUGAUGAUAUUUAUGACGAUGCCUUCGGGACAGAGACUGAGGGAAUGAAGAGAGAGAGAAUGGAGAUGACGGUGGAUAUCUAUGAGAGUGCAGAUCAUGUGAGAGAUCAUGACUUCAGGACAGAGACAAAGAUACAUCAACCACUUCAGCGUACAGGAAGUGAUUCAGAGAGGAUCAGAAGAUACAGAUCAGCUGUAGUGUGUUUGGUUCUGCUGUGUGUUCUUCUGCUGACUGCAGUCAUAGUGCUGUGUGUCUACAUCCAUACAAACAACACAAACUACACACAAGAGACAAACCAGCUACUAACCAACAUCACCAACCUCACAGAAGAAAGAGAUAAACAUGCAAAUCUGUUGAACAAGAGAGACCAGCUAAUAAAUCAGCUUCCAAUUCUUGGUAAAGACGAUCAAUGGAUUUACUAUCAAUUCAGUUUUUACUACAUGUCCAAUGAGACAAAGAGCUGGAAUGAUAGCAGAAGAUACUGUACAGAGAGAAGAGCAGAUCUGAUCAUCAUAAACAACAGAGAGGAACAAGAUUUUGUUAUGAAAAUUACUGAUAAAAGAGAAUUCUGGAUUGGUGUGACUGAUGUUGAUGUAGAGGACACAUGGAAAUGGGUUGAUGGCAGCACACUGACCUCUGGGUUCUGGGCAUCCAUUGGAGAAAUAAGAGAGCCAAAAGGAGGACGUUUAGAGAACUGUGCUGUGACUUAUUUAAAAAAGAUCCCUGGUGUUUUAGGGUGGCAUGAUGUUAAAUGUAAUGAUGCUUAUCAAUGGAUCUGUGAGAAGAGUAUUUUACCUCUCAUACAGUCCUAGGAUUUAAAAAAAAAAAUUUUUUUUGGACGACCCAGGUUUAACAAUGCAAAUCUUUCAUAACUAAUGAUUAUCAUUUAAAGCAGGGGUGUCCAUUUUUACUUCUGAAUCGUCACAUUGUGUCUUUGAUUAUUUGUUUUAUGAUAUGAAAUAUUUAUUACUAGAUUCCAGGCAGGCGUGUUGGAGCUGAAGUCUUUAGGAUGGUGAUUCUGCAGGAGCAGGACUGAACACUCCUGUUUGAAGAAAAAUAUUUAUUGCCAUCUUGCAUCUUAUCGACUUAUCGACUGUGUUGAAAAUGGCCGCUGUAAAAUUGUUGUAGUGUUCAUCUUGUUGCCAGGAUGAUUGUUUUGUAAACUGGAAUGGAUUUAUAAGACAAUAUACAGAUAAGAUUUUAAAACAAUUUCAACUAAUUGUUAAUUGGGUGAAAAGCUGUUGAAGAAGUUGUAUGACUGUACAUUAUCUAUUAAAUAUGCAUCUGCAGUGCGCUAAUGUGUA